UGAGGAGAGGAAUCUAAAGAAGAAUGGAAGAUAACCUAAGAACAGUUGAACAACAUUUUACCAGCCAUUCAAUUUCAAUUCAACGCACUUUUCCUUUUCUACCCAGAAAAAAGUUUCACCAUUUUCACAUUUCACCAUUUUCACAUUUCACCCCCUCCCUUUUUCAUUUUAUUUCUCUUUUUUUAUUACGGGGGAAUGAUGGGCGUUUUCUUCUUUACCGAUUUCCAUAACCAGACAGGAAAGCUAGAAGAGGAGAGAGAAAAAGAAAGAGGGGUUUUUUUUUUAUAUAAAUUGGAUAAAUUUGUAUAAUAAGAAGAUUGAGAAGAGAGAAAAACCCCAAAUUUAAUAGAUCUAUUCAUUGUAAUACUAUAUUUUGGUGGUGGGAAAUAAUCUAUAUAAUUUUAUUUAAUUUUUUAUAUUUUUCUUGAAUUUUUUGGUUAAAGAGAAUAAAUUCAAUGGCAAGUAGUGCUGUGAAGGUGAAACCCAUCAACAGAAAUCAAGCAACGCCUUCUUCAAGCAAACCCAUUCUGAAAAAGAAGAUUGAAAUUAUAAACAAACACCCAUCUGCUUCUGAUACUAAAAAUAAGUCUAUUCCAGUAAAAUCUGCAAAAUCUGAGGAGAAAGGGAAAAAAGCUGCACCUGCUACACCUGUAAAGAAGGCGACGAAAAGGGAGAAGAAGGUUUACAGUUUGGCAGGGCAGAAAUAUGACCCUCCAGAGGAGAGAGAACCCUUGAGGAUCUUCUAUGAAUCAUUGUCGAAACAGAUACCAACUAGCGAAAUGGCUGAGUUCUGGUUGAUGGAACACGGUUUAUUGAGCUCUGAAAAAGCUAAAAAGGCUCAUGAAAGGAAGCAACGGAAGCAGAAACAACAGAAGAUGGGAACACCAAUAAAAUCUCCACCAUCCUAUAGUAAACCCGAGAGUUCAAAUAGGCAAAAACUAGUGUCAAAAAACGGCGAUUUGAAGGUGAAGAAAAGAUUCGUUGAAGAUAGUGAUGACGAAGUCAUUGGGAUCCCCAAACGAAGGAAGUCAUAAGUUAUGGUACCUACUUUCCCUUUAUAGCAAACUGUAUUUGUAAAACGAUCCAUAAGGUUAGUCUCCUUACUUGAUUUUAAUACUAAACAAACACAUAGCAAAAUUGUACUGUUACAAGAUUUAUAGGUGAUAAGCUAAGACUACAUUUUCCUCUGUUUUACAUUGUCAGAUUCAGAGAAUUGAUGAAUAAAUUCAACAGGUUGUCUUUUUAACAGUA